AUGUCUCAAGAAAACCCGGAUGUGCUUUUCAGGGAGGAGCGGAGCGAGCUCCUCGAGGGGAGUCUGAGUGACCAUCUCAGCGAGUUCAAGAAACGGGAGCACGUGUACCUGGCGUGCAUCUCCUCGCUGGAAAAGGAAAUAUGUCAAACACACACCUACCUCAACGAAUGGAGGAACAUGCACAUGUACGAAGACGAGGAGGGGAAGGCCCCAAAGGACGACAUCGUGAACAUCAACUCUCUUAGGAACCUCCUAAUAGACCCUUCCAUAAACUUAGAGAUUAAAGAAUUGAGGCAAAAAAUUUAUGAAGUAACAAGGAAGUGGAACCUUGCAGAGGAGAAGCUACAAGGAUUUAAUUUUGACGCUCAGGCAACGGCAGGACAAAGACUCAUAAGUAAGUGUAAAAAAUUACAGGAUGAAAAUUACGAGCUAGGAAAAACACUAGAAGAAAAUACCCUACAACCCUUAUCCAUACAAAUAAUUAACAUGAAAGAGCAAAUGCUUUUUUAUAAAAAUGAAUUGAAAAUAUUAAAAGAGUUGAAUGCAGACAUUGAUGAAGAUAACGAGUUGUUAAGUCAGCAGUUAGGAGAGCUUUCGAAAAAGUAUACCCAGAUUAGUAAGGAGAAAGCUAGCCUGGAGGAGAAAAAUUUAAAACUGAGAAACCAUGUCAAUGCGCUGCAGCUGAAGUUGAAAGCGCAAACUCAUCCCCAGGAAGGCGAGAGCCUCGUCGAUGUGGAUAGACACAGUCGCGGUGCAAGUCCCCGCAGUGCAAGUCAUCGUAGUGGGAACCGUCGCAGUGCAAGUCAUCGUAGUGGGAACCGUCGCAGUGCAAGUCAUCGUAGUGGGAGCCAUCUUAGUAGGAGUAGCCGUACCUACGGGAAAUACACAACGGAGCACCGCCACGACACUUACUCCUCCCGCAACACCUCCCCGCACAACAACCCCAGCGAUAGCCGCAAAGUUAGCCAAUCGAACUACGAGGACAACCACCGAGCCGGGGAAAGGUACUCCAAAUAUAGACAAGACGACACACACAGCAACAUCCGAGACGAGGAAGAGGAGAGUGGGUGGAGAGAAGGCUACAAAAGGAGUGACUCGCAUCUAAGGGAACGAAAAAGCAACCCCGAUGAUGACACCCGUACGUACUAUAAUGGAGAGAAUUACAGGAAGAGGAGUUCUGAUGAGAGCAGGGAAAGGAAGUAUAGGAAAAUGGAUCGGCACCACCACAGGGAUAGGAAGUCUGACAGAGAAAAGGAAAAAGAGAGGGAAAAGGAAAAGGAACGAGAAAAGCACAGGCUGAAGGAUAAGGAGAGGAGCCGCAAGGAGCGGGGGCGCGAAAAGGACAAAGAUUCGGAAAGGGAACGGGAUAGGGAUAGAGAUAAGGAUAGAGAUAGGGAUAGAGACCGAGAUAGGGAUAGAGAUAAGGAUAGAGAUAGGGAUAGAGACAGGGAUAGAGACAGGGAUAGGGAUAGAGAUAGAGAACGUGACCGAGAGCGCGAGCGGGACAAGGGCAAAGACAGAACCAAAACGAAAGAACGCGAAAAGGCGAAAAGCAAACACAAAAGUAAAAAUAAGGAAAAGGGGAAGAGCAAGGGAAAAAGAGACGAAAACUACGACAGCAGUAAUUACUCAGAACCGAAAAGAAGAUCUACCAAGGAUCAUGGUGAUGACCAUCGGGACCACUCCAACACGUCUAAGAAUGGGGAUGCCGAUGAUAAGGCGGACGAUUUCGACCGCUACGUCUACCUGCAUAAGUGA